GUGUAAUUUACCUGCCUGGAGCGAAUGUCUUCUUGAAUCUUCUAGAUAAACUACAUACAUAUCCUAAAUCUCCAAAUGUCAGUCCGUCAGAUACUGGCUUUUCUUAGCGGCCUGGCUGGUCUGGGUGCAACAAUUGCUGCCACAGUGUCCAAUGAAUGGAGGGCCACGAGCCGGGCAUCCUCAGUCAUCACAGCCACCUGGGUGCUCCAGGGUCUGUGGAACAACUGUGCGGGAAAUGCAAUCGGAGCGCUUCACUGCAGACCUCAUCACACUAUACUUCAGCUGGAAGGCUACAUCCAAGCAUGCAGGGGGUUGACGAUUGGAGCCAUCUGUCUUGGUUUUUUUGGUUCCAUAUUCGCCCUCGUCCGGAUGAAAUUCACCAAAAUCGGCGGAACAGAUAACAGCAAAGCCAGAGUUGCCUGCUUCGUUGGAGUGAAUUUUAUUCUUAGUGGCCUGUGCUCACUGUCAGCGUACUCCCUCUACGCACACAGGAUUACAUCAGAAUUUUUCGACCCGAUGUUUGUGGCUCAAAAGUAUGAGCUAGGAACUGCUCUGUUUAUCGGCUGGGGAGGUUCUGUCCUCUGUAUCCUCGGAGGCGUCAUACUUUGCUUCUCCAUCGCAGAUUCUUUCUCAAAAAGGCACAGUCAUGCCAAAAAUAUCUACAAAGGGGCUGCCUCUCACUCUCAUAUCUCCUCCUACCCAAGAGGGCAGGCAAGGUCUAUAAACCAGAGGCCGCCUCCAGACUACAGCAACUCCUCCAGGAUCCAGCACUUUGAUAAGAAUGCAUAUGUUUGAGGGAUGUGAAUACAAAUACUUUCAGAAGCAGCCACUUUUUAGUCUUUUGAGAUAUAGCCUUAAACAUACAAGAGACACUAUGUAGAAAAUGUAUUUCAGCAUCAGAAUCUUUGGGAAUUCAUAAUAUGUGUACAGAAGGAAAGAUUCCGGUAUUGGGCAGUUUGCAUAUUUCCUGAACAUUGGAUGUUAUCACUUAUGUGUGUUUCAUAGUCAGCAAGUUUGAGAAGUCGGGUUCUAAAUGGGCCUCUUCUCCAUUUUUGCACCAUUUUCUAUCUAUUCUUAAA